AUGGCAAAGGUUGCAGGUACAGACGGACGACGGCUGCCCGACGAAGCUCCGGUGGCCGGAAAGUGGAUGCGAAGCGGAUGGCUGUUGGCGGUAGGUGGCGAGAAUAUGCCGGACUGCCGGCCUGCCUGUCGGAACUCUGUGGAAAAAAGCGUGCACAAAUUGGCUUCUAAGUUUACGGAAAUAACCCUAUUUUUGAAAGAUGAUUUCCUGCCGGAAAUUCUGGCCCGACGUGCGGCCACCGUCUCUUCCACGCCUUCUGCAAGGCAUGAAAAAAAUUCUUAUUUUUCCUUCUCAUUGCCGCAAACCAUCUGCCGUGAAGAAAGGAUAACCCCCGAGCGAGGUACUCAGAAAAAUGAGAAACUCGAAGGCAAAACCACCCCGGAAGCGCUGCCGAGAAUCAGCCACAAAAUCGCAGUCGACGAUGCACGGGAAGAGGAGAAAUUCAACAGCAGCACUGAUGAAGAAACCAAGAUAUGGAACUUGAGGCAUUGGGAGCCAAUUGAGGCUUCACCAAGCGAGAACUGUAAUUAUAAGUUCACUUGUUGGUUUAUGUUGAAGGCUCAAUUCUUCAUGAGCGGUUUGACGAGCGAUACACUUCGGCAGUACGAUAGGAUGCUCCUGACUGAUCUGCUCAACUCCAAAGUAAUGGUUAGACGGGAAGAAGAGAGAACGUCCAGUUUUGAAGCUCAGAUUGUUCCAUCAUCCGCGAUUCCUGAUGGCUGGAUGGGCUUGGAUAUUGGUCCCGACAGUAUCAAGUCAAUUCAACAAAUUAAUCUUAAAAACAUUAAGCAGUGUGUAAGUAGG